AUGCUUCUUCUUCUUCUUGUUCUAGGUUACUGGGCUAAAUGUGUACCAGAAAAUUGUUUCGAUGUAACAAAUAAAUUAACUUAUUUUUAUGUUGAUGAAAAUGGUGAACUAUUUCUUAAUACACCUACUGGAGAAAUUUCACUUCUUACCGGAAUUUUUGUUCAAGAACCCCUUUGGGCUUUAUUAGAUAUUUAUGGUAAUUGUAUAAGUAUUGAACUUGUUGACGAUUAUCUAAAACGUACCGGUUCACUUAAUGAUCAACUUCGUAAUAUAAAUCCAACAGUUACAACAUCAUUUUUUAAAGACAUUUGUAAUGAUCUUAGUCCAUUGACAUUUUUACCUGUACAUAGUUCAUCAAUAUCAUUUUUUUCAUCAUCAUCAAAUGCAUUACCUAAUCAAUCGAUAGUUUUAUAUGACAAUACAAAAACUUGUGAUGGUCUAGUAUUUUUUUCUGAACCAUUAACAAUUAAUUCAGGUUUAUUAAUUCAAAUAUUAAGUAUAAUACCGUCAAAUGAAUCUCGCAUACGAACUACAACAACAACAACAGCAGUAACUUCAAAUUUAUUAGUAUCACAUAUACAAUUCGGUUUAACAAAUUGUAAUACACAAAAUUUAUUACGUACAAAUGAUUUACCACUUGAUAUUGAAAAAAUAAAUGAUCGUUCAGAAUUUUGGAUUUUACAAGAUUUUAAAUUAGGUAAUAAAACAACAAUUGAUCGUAAUGAUGAAUUUUUAUUUACAUUUAAUCAAGAUGGUAUUAUUGAAUAUUCACAUAAUAAUUCUAAAUUAAAAGAUUUUAUUCAUGUUGAUUCAAAUCUUAUUUAUUAUCCAUUUCUUGUAUUUAAAGGUGAUAUUGUAGCUAUACGUUCUAUAGGUUAUAUAAAAAAUCUUGAUAGAUAUCGUUCGUUACAACAAGUAAAUAAUAAUAAUGAUACAACGAAAUCAAAUCAAGAAUUAACUUCAACAAAUAAUAAUGAUAAUAAUAAUAUUAAAAAUGAAUGUGAUUUUAAAUUAAGUCAGGAUUGUACUGUAUGUUUUGAUCAUUCGCGAGAUACAGUACUUAUUCCUUGUGGACAUAUUUGUUUAUGUUAUUCAUGUGCCAAAGAAUUAAUUGAACACGGAACGAAACAAUGUAAGUAUUAG